UAAGGUUCAAACAAGAUGCAGAACGAGGAAGGACAGAUCACCGAGCUUUACAUUCCUAGAAGUGUUCUGCCUACAAACAGGUUGAUUACUGCGAAGAACCAUGCUUCGGUUCAGAAAAUUGGUCUUGUGGAUGAGAAUGGUACUAAUGGUCAAUUCUCCACCUUUGCCCUUUGCGGCUUCAUCCGUGCCUCAGCAUUUCUUGCUCUUAAUAUCCAGGGUGAUGCCGACAGUGCCCUAGAUCGCUUGUGGCAGAAGAAGAAAGCUGAAGUUAAGCAACAGUGACGCCCAUGUUACUUUGUUAUGUAUUAAUUUUUACUUUUGCUAGUAAUAUUGAGGAUUAUGUAUCUGAAUUUUCUUUGGUACUUGGUACCCUCUUUUGGUACUAGGUACCCCCAACUAAGGUUGGUAAUAUUCGGUUGUCUUAUAUUUCAAUCUUAAAUUAUAUCUCGCUGUAUUUUACCACAAAUCCUUUACUGAAGGAUAAUCCUUCUCUUUCUGUUUAAAAGUAGUGUGGUAAUUUGUGUGAUGUUUGGGGCCAAGUCAAUUUUUGAAUGUUUAUUUGUUGAAGGCUUUUAAAAUGUUUGCCUUUUAAGU